AUGUCUUGGCUUCCUCUUCUUUAUGCCUUUUUCGCCGCCUCCCUCGUUUGUGGAGAGCUCACUAUGCGGGGAGUAAAGACUUACUCAAGCGGUUCCCAAGGCGCUUCAGAGCUCGAUGUGGGCAUCGCAAACAAGUGCACUCUCUACCACCAAGUACUUCAAGGGGAAACUUGUUUGGAGAUUGCCUUGCAAUAUAGUAUCUCACCUCGAAAUUUGUCUCGUUGGAAUCUCCUUGGGACCAGGUGCUCUAGACUUCGUCCUGGGCAAUUCAUCUGUGUUGGAGUGAAGGAUAUAUCCGGUCAGCCGGUCCCUCGUUCAAUACCCCUUGAUAGCCAUUGGGCGGAAGAUGCACCGACCCCGAGUCAACCAAACGUCUCCAAGAAAUGCGUCAAAUGGUAUAAAGCGCAACUAAACGACAACUGCAAGAUCAUAGCUGAGGAAAAAUUUCAUUCAUUUACGCUUGAACAGUUUAUUCAGUGGAACCCUGAUGUUGGUACGGAUUGCAUGAGGCUAUAUGCAGGUUGGUACUAUUGUGUUGGCGUUGCUGGAUGGGUGAUUCCCACUCCAACUGCGAUGCCCCCUCCAACAGCUAUACCCAACCCCAUCCCAACUGAUCCCAGGCCAGAACGUCAGCAGCCAGGGACGAUUCGUGGCUGCAGGGCAUUCCAUUUCGUCAUGCCAAACGACAGCUGCAUUAAGAUUGAGGAAACGCACGGAAUUUCUGACGCCGAUUUUCAUAAGUGGAACCCAGAGGUUGGCCCUGCAUGUUUAAAUCUCUGGGCUGGCUAUUACGUGUGUGUUAGAGCAUAA